UACCCUUACCCAUUCAUCUUCAUCAUCCAUAUAUCAUCAUUUUCUUGAAAGAAAAACUAUUAUAUCAUUUUGUACUGUACAAAACAAACACAAUGGCACCCCACGGAGAGACAAUUACCAAAUCAUCCUACAUCCGAACAAAAAACGUUAGCAAGCCCCCUCGACUCUCCAACGAUAAUUUACAACGUACAAUGUCCGAUAUCUCUUUCGAAUGGAACGCAAUAAAUCCCGUUGAUUCUUCAAAUCUCCCACCAAUUUCCGAAGUUGAAAACGCGAAAUGCGAGUGUUGUGGUAUGAGCGAAGAAUUCACACAUGAAUACAUCGAUCGUGUCCGAAAAAAAUAUUCGGGCAAGUGGAUCUGCGGACUAUGCGCGGAAGCGGUGAAGGAAGAAGCGGAAAAAAAUGGAGGAAAAAAUGAAGAAGCGUUAAGUACUCAUAUGAGUUCUCAUAGCCAGUUUAAUAAAUUUGGUAGGGCUUAUCCUGUUCUUUAUCAAGCUGAAGCCAUGAGGGAAAUGUUGAAGAAAAGUACUAGAGAUGGAAGGGGAAUUCUUAGAGCCAAAUCUAUAAGUCCAAGGGACAAAAUUGUCACAAAAAAGGGUACUACUGGGAUUGCAAGAAGUACUAGCUGCAUUCCUGCCAUUACUAAAGAGAUCAAUGAGCUUAAUUAAUUAACCUAGAUAAUUUAAUUUACUUUUCUAAUUUGUGGUGCAAUUAAUUAUAAUGUUUAAUAAUAAGAUUUGGACUAAUUAACCUAUUGUGUUAGUUACUCUUCGAGUUUUUUGGGGGGGUUAAUUAGUUCAGGUUCUUAAGCUUUUUUUUCUCUCAAGUAAUUAUGAGGGGGUUUAAGGUCAUGAUGUUUGUAACUCAAUUAGUGACUGACCAAAUUUGUAUUCAUCGUGUAAGGAUGUUUAGUUUUGGCCUAUAAUCAUUGUAUUUUAUAUAUUCAAAUUAAUACAAUCUAUUUGAGUUAGAGUUUAAUAAUAUAAUAGGUGUAAGUCUUAAUUUUA